AUGUGGAAGAUAGUGUUGUGCUUUAUGCUCAUGGGUCUAGCUACCAAUUAUGGAAUGGUUAGCUACGAGGGUUACAAAGUCUUCAAAGUUUCCCCGGUAACAGAAAAAGAAUUCAUCACUUUAGAAUUACUUCAAACGUUCAGAAGCAAAUUCAUCUACUGGAAAGAGCCGAGGUGGGUAAACAAGGAAGUAUUUGUUAUGGUAUCUCGAGAAAAGCUUCAGGAAUUCCAUGACAUUAUGAGCAGUUAUACCAAUACGACCUAUAAAAUUAGAUUUGACAAUGUCCAAACACUAAUCGACAUGACAAUGCCUCGAAGUAAUUUUCAAGGCUAUAAUUUUAAAAGCUAUCUUACUCUUGAACAAAUUUACGCUUAUAUGGAUGAGCUAGCCAGGCUAAAUUUCAAAUUAAAGGUAGUCGUGGGUGGUAGAACAUACGAAAACCGUGAAAUCAAAGGCAUUAAGAUAAUUAAUGACGCAAAUAAACCUGGAAUCUUUAUCGGGGGUGGCAUGUAUGGAUUAGAGUGGAUUUCACCGGCAACUAUUUUGUACAUUUUGAAUCAAUUAAUAUAUAGUAAUAAUUCGGAUGUAAGAUAUAUAGCUGACAAUCAUAAUUGGUUUAUUUUUCCAAUAUUCAAUCCCGAUGGAUAUGUGUUUACAUUUAAUAUGACUCAUGGCGAUCGAUUAUGGAAGAAGACUCGCAAACCGUUUAAUUCUAAUUGCAUUGGAGCGGAUCCUAAUAAGAACUGGAAUUUUCAAUGGAAUACUUCUGGUGUCGACAACGAUCCUUGCAGUGAGCUUUAUCCUGGAAAUAAGUCAUUCUCGGAAAUAGAGAUGAAAACCAUAUCCCAAUAUAUGAGAUUAAAUUCUCGUAAGUUCGACAAGUAUAUCUCAUUUUAUGGCUAUGGACAACAAUUAAAGUUUCCUUAUGCCUACACGAGCAAACAUAUCUCUAACUAUGAUGAAUUGCCGAUUGUUCCACCUUUCGGUAAAUUUCAAGCAUCAGGUAUAGUUAGCGGUACUAGUGAAGAUUACGUGACAGUUGUUAUGGAUAAAUCUAUCGUAUAUCAGUACGUAUUGCGCGAUGAAGGUGACUACGGCUAUCUAUUACCACCUGAUCAAAUCAUUCCGACUGGAAAAGAGACUCUAGAUUCUCUUAUAACUUUAUUAAAUGAAACAAUGAUACAUUAA